UAGCACCCAAUGUACAUUAGAUAAGUCAGAUGUACAAACCCCCCUUUUCGAAACAACAGCAAUUUAAGAACUCACAAUCAUCUAUACAAUACAAUAUUACAACAGUUGCAGGAUAUCAAAAUGGCACUUUUUCAAGAAAUCCAAGCCCCAAAUGUGAAAUACAAUCAACCACUGGGUUUAUUUAUUAACAAUGAAUUUAUGAAAGGCAUUGAUGGCAAAACAUUUGUGACCACUAAUCCCUACGACCAAAAACCAAUUGUGGCUGUCCACGAGGCGACAGAAAAGGACGUGCAGGUCGCUGUCCAGGCAGCUCGUGGCGCUUUCGAAGGUUCCUGGAGCAUUGUCACUCCCAGCGAUCGCGGUAAAAUGUUAACAAAGCUGGCUGAUUUGAUGGCAGCUAAACUAGAGACUAUCGCCGCAACCAUUUCCCUGGACAAUGGAAAAGCCCUCAGUGCAGCAAUGUUCGAAGUUACCAAUGCCAUAGAUUGUUUUCGCUAUUAUGGUGGAUGGGCUGACAAAGUAGUUGGUCAAACAAUUGAUACUGACCCUGCUAGCAUGACAUACACGCGGCACGAGCCACUUGGAGUUUGCGGUCUAAUAGUAGCAUGGAACCUACCAAUUUCUCUCUUGUCUUGGAAGGUUGCUCCAGCGAUCGCAACUGGUAAUACUGUAGUAUUGAAGUCGGCCGAGCUUACGCCCCUCUCUUCACUUUAUAUAGCGCAGUUGAUCAAAGAAGCAGGGUUUCCAGCUGGUGUUAUCAAUAUUCUAUCUGGUUUUGGGAGUAUAGCUGGAAAAGCCAUGACUACGCAUAUGGACAUCGAUAAGAUUUCAUUCACUGGGUCCCUUGCUGUCGGUAGACAGGUACUGCACGCAGCUGCAAACAGUAAUUUGAAGAAAGUUACUUUGGAGCUUGGAGGGAAGUCUCCAAACAUUGUUUUCCCUGAUGCCAAUUUGGACCAUGUGAUGUCAUGGGUCAAUGUUGGGGCAUUCUUCUACCAAGGCCAGGUGUGUUGUGCAGGUUCAAGAAUUCUCGUCCACGAAGCAAUAUAUGAGCGGUUCUUGGACAUGUUGAAGAAACGAACAAAAAUCAACAAGGUUGGAGAUCCUUUCGAUCCAGAUACGUUUCAAGGACCCCAAGUUUCAGUUGCGCAAUUCGAGCGCGUCAUGGCUUAUAUUGAAGAUGGGAAGAAAGCCGGAGCGACGAUAAUAGCAGGUGGAGGUCGAAUUGGCUCUGAGGGUCUAUUCAUCCAGCCAACGAUUUUUACCGAUGUUCGUGAUGAUAUGGCAAUCGUGAAAGAUGAAAUAUUUGGUCCUGUGUGUACGGUUCAUAAGUUUAAGGACGAAAAAGAGGCAAUCGAAAUCGCGAAUAGCACCCAUUAUGGACUUGCUGCUGCGGUGCACACAGCUGAUCUCAACACUGCCUUUCAUGUAUCCAAUUCCAUUAAAGCCGGAACUGUGUGGAUCAACAACUUUGGGCUGAUCAACCCUCAAGCACCGUUUGGGGGCUACAAACAGUCAGGAUUUGGUCGUGAAUUAGGGUCCUAUGCUCUAGAGGCCUAUACCCAAGUCAAGCUUGUCAGGUGUUGGCUGGCUGGCCCAGUCUUCCCUUGACCACGGAAAGCGUGCUUCUGGUUUUGAAGGAAGUUUAGGCUGAUAAUUCAGCUAUGGUCGAUUGUCAUCGAUGUUUGAACUCUUUUCUGUAUUCCGACGAAGUAUCAUAAUACUUUCUGCAUUCACUCACGACAUUUGUGAACGUGGACAAUUUGAUUAAAAAAUUUUGGAGACAUACUAAAUUUAUCAUUGUUGACAAAAGGAAUAUUCAUCCAAGAAUUGACACUGUACCGAGUUUUCA